AUGGCCAAGGUUAAUCUUCCAAAAGACUGGAUCCUUGUUACGUCAACAACAGAUCCAGGGCGUAAUUAUUAUUUUAAUACUGCUACUAAUAAAUCUACAUGGGUAUUCCCUGAUGAUGAUUCUGACAGUCAACCAACUCAGAACACCCGAAAAAACUCAACAAGAAAACGUAAAAAAAACGAAGAGCAUGACUACAGACCGCACACGCCAGAAGGUGACCCAGAAGUGAACCGGAGACCCAAACUGGUAGCCAAGAGACAGCUGUCAACUUCCGAAGAUCCUGGGAAGAAGAAGACUGCCAAGCAGAACGCUGACACCCCGCAGAUGAAAGCACUGAGAGAGAAAAUGCUGCAGAGACAAGCCAAGACUAGCGCGAUAAAAAAACCCCGUCCUUUGAAGAGUUCAACGUUAAAAGCUUCUCCAAGCAAAGAUGUGGACAAAGUUGAUAAAGUUGAUAAAGCUAAAGUUGAAAAAACUCCUGAAAAAACUCCUGAAAAACCGAGAAAGAAUUUUAAAUUCGAUGAUGAAGAAGAAAAAAGCAAAGACGAAGAAAAAGUAAUGACCCCGGCGAUGAAACAGAUGAAACAAAAAAUGCUAGCGAGGAAAUCCUUGUCUGCAGUAGCUGAUAGAAAGAAAGGUAAAUCUAGUCCUAAAUCCCAAUCAGCGCGCCUAUCUUUAGCGAGGACUGACAAAUCUACGAGUGAUGACACGGUUAGCUCUUCCACUGCCUCAACGUCUACGUCUACAGCUCAGACUGAAGUUCAGGGACUCGGAAGCCCCAGGACCAGAGCCAGCAGGAGUCUUUCCUGUUCUACGACUCCAAGAAGAAAGUCCGUCAAGGUUGCUAUCGAGAGCAAGCUCAAGCAGAUGAAGACUCUGGAAGCUCCUCCAGGAGUCUCUGCGAAAAGAAUUCUGAUUCCCGAUGCCGAGAAGGUUGAAGAUGAUGAUUUACAGAGUAAUGUGAGUAAUGCGAAAAUUCCGCGAAUUGGGAAACUGAAAGCUGCAGAGAGUCCGGAAGUGGAUGCUAAGGACCCGCCGGUGGUUUUUAAAAAUGCUGAGGAUAGAAUGAAAGCUUUUUGUAGCAAUCUUAAGAGACAGCGGAGUCUUUCUAGCUCGUUCAAUGAUAGUGGGUGUUCGGCGACUAAGGAUUCUGGGGAUGUAUUUUGUGAAGAGAUGGAUUGGGAACCUAGUGAAGAAGAGAAGAUUGUUUCUGAGAUCCAAAAUGUAAGAGCGCAAUUAGUGAUAGAAGAUGACGUCCAAAUGCAAGAAUUAAAUAACACUGGCUUAGACUUAACUGACGGCGGAAGCGGAUCAAAUGGAAGUCUGCGUAAGCUUUACAUAGUAGUUGACACAAAUGUCUUCUUAUCCAACAUGAAAGCGGUAGAAGAAGCGCGGGACGCGAUCUUCAAGUUCUAUAAUCGUCCGAUCAUCGUAAUUCCUUGGACAGUGAUCCGUGAGCUGGACUUCAUAAAGGACGAUAAAUCUCACUCGCGCCCUCAGAGUCUCAAAUACAAGGCAAGACACGCGAUCCAGUUUAUAAACAAGCACUUCGCGGCCAAGCACCCGCGAAUCUUGGGACAAACCUUCGCGGAUGUUUUGAGCAACCGGCAAAAGUUUGAGACAGAGUGUCCGGAUGAUGAAAUUCUCCAGACUUGUUUGCAGGUCCAGUCAGCUGGACACCAUGUUGUUUUGCUGUCUUAUGAUAAAAAUCUUUGCAAUAAAGCUAUGAUUCAUGAUGUUAUUUCUCUGGGGAAAAAUGACCCGCUUGAGAAAGUCGAUUAUUUGAAGGAGAGCGAGAUCAAAAAGCGGUUCAAUCUUGCUGACAGUCUUAAAGAUGUUGAGCAAGAAGAAACCAAAGCCGAGCUUUUACUAGCAGAAGAAUUAUUCGAGGACCUGAAGACAACUUUAACAUCGUUUAUGUCAGUGGUAGUCGCUAAGGAGAUGAAAAACUUGUAUGGUGAAACCUGGGAGCGCCAUACGAUAAUCCGACCGCCUUGGACGGUGCUGACAGUCUUGAAGUGCGCGAACAAGCACUGGAUAGCAGCAGUGAGUGAUUCAUUUGAGAGGCGAGCGGAGAGUAUCUUAAAAGACCUGGUGCAGAUCGUGACAGGUCUGCAGUACAGUUGUCAGCUGAAAGACGUCGAGACAAUGAUCCAACGGUUCCACGAUCUAGUGGGUUGCUUGAAGGCAGUAAAGUACCCGAACAUCCUCGAGAACGUCACAGAGGCGAUCGAGGGCCUGAAACAGAAAUUCAGGGACAGUCUCAAAUUAAUUUAUCGCAAUAAAGGAGAUAACAAGCAAGAAGAAGAGUCCAAAGCCGCGCUGGCUUUCGGGUACUUUGAAACUGUGUAUUUAUUCGCUCGGGAUGUUUGUGGGACCUCCGCGAGCCUUAUGGGCAUGCCUUUUGGUCUUGCAUUUAAAAAAUUGGAGUCGCUCUCUAUUGAAGAUGAUAUUAAGCAACUGAGGCCUGAAGUCGCGGGGAAUUUAAACAGGUUGAUGCAGAUUCUCAGCACCGCUCUGGAUGAUAUUGAUCAUCUGCAUGUUGAUCAUCCCUCGGUCCUGGCUUUGCACCAGGUACUCACUGGAUUUUUACCCGAGUUGUUGAAAAGUGAUCACCAGCUGAUGCCUCAGGAUGUCUUUUUGUGCUUGAAGUAUAAACAGGAGGUUCUUAAAAAUGGCCUUGGACAGUUGCAGGAUUUAAGUGGAUAUUUUUGCAGGAUGGCUACUUUUAAGUGUCUGUAA